AUGACUAGCAAGAUUGAGGAGUUAAAGGAAAUGAUUGAAGGAUCUAGGACUAAAAGUAAGGAACGAAGGUGUACGUAUAAGGAUUUUAUGGCAUGUAAUCCCUUUUCAUAUAAUGGGGAGGUGGAUCCGAUAAAGUGUCAAAAAUGGAUAGCAAACAUUGAAGUCAUAUUUAUACGUAGUCGAUGUGAGAAAGAAGAUCAAGUAAUGUUUGCUACGGGUCAGCUUCAGCAACAAGCCAAAGAUUGGUGGGAUACCCAAUGUAAAGAGUUAGGGGAAGUAAGACUCCAAACCCUAACAUGGCAAGAAUUCAAGGAGUUGUUCCUAAAGUAUCAUUGCCCACAAUCGGCAAUUGAUAGAAUACAAGAUGAGUUCUUGCAUCUUCGCCAACAGAAUGAGUCUAUUGAUGAAAUUACCAACAUAUUCUUCGAUAAGCUAAAGUUUUGUGAUGAUUUCGUCAAGUCUGAAAGGAUGAAGAUAAACCGGUAUUAUGGAAUGUUGAAGGCCGAGUAUAGGGAGUUCAUUACCCCUUCGAAGUGUGAAACUUUGAGUGAACUUAUCAAUUUGGCUCGGGAUAGAGAGAUAGAACUGAAGCGACAAGUGGAAAGGGGAGAGAAAAGAGCUGCUGAAAAGCCAUCAACUACGAAUCCAUCCAAGAAGCCUAAGCAGCACGACACCAGAACUAAAGGAGGAUCUAAAAGUAGUAUUUCUCCAUGCAAAACUUGUGGAAAGCUUCACACCGGAGAAUGUUUAAUGGGAAAGAAGGGGUGUUACAACUGUGGUCAGGAGGACAUCCUUAUUUUAAGUGCCCUAGUCCCGUGA